GGUACCGGAAGAACCCGUCCAACAUGCAGACAGGCUUGGGGCAUAUGAUGCUGGGGUGGGGCACUGGAGACCUGAGUGUGUUAGUUUGAAAUGGGAAGGAUAUUUGUUCAAAUAAGUGUAACUGUUCAGUCAUCAACUCCACUGAGUGCUCCCGUGUGCUCACUUUCUGGGUGAAAAGUUUUGGGGUCAGAAUCGGAGUCCCAAGCCCGGAGGCCCCCUCUGCCACGCUGCUUUCCAAAGAUCAUUCUCCAGCCCGGUGGGUUGGCAGGAGCGUGGGUAGAUAAACGCGUGAGGGGCGUCCACAGUCCUUUUCCAGGACCCCAGGAUAGACGGGAACGAAAUUACCGCCACACCACAGGCGUCCCAGAUCCUCCAUCUCACCCUCCUUUCUCCAUUUCCCUUUCUUACCCACACUAGCCCCACGUAUCCUCGGGAUUCUCGCUCGGUCCCACUUUGGUUUUCCCUGCGGCAGGUCUAAGCCCAGCAGGCUUCUUUGGCUUCACUUACUCAUCUUUUCCUCUCCUUCUCCUCUCCAUCUUUCCUUCCUUCUCCUCCCCCUGCCCCCCUCCCUCUCCCUCCCUCCCGGCUCCGCAUUUUCCUUCGGAAGUGGGCCUGGUGCUUUGGGCACCAUGCUGCGGCUCCUGAGGUUGCUGCUGUUGCUGCUGCUGCCUCCCCCGGGCUCCCCCGAGCCUUCCGAGCCCCCGGGCCUGGCCUCGUUAUGGCCGGGGGCGCCUCCCCAGGCUCCCGACUUGCUCUUCGCGGACGGGCUGCGAGCCUACUCCGCCGGGGCUUGGGCGUCCGCGGUGGCGCUGCUGCGAGAGGCGCUGCGGAGCCGGACGGCGCUGGGCCGCGCGCGGCUGGACUGCGGGGCGAGCUGUGCCGCCGAGUCCGACGCCCAGCUCCUCGGCGACCCGCAGCCUGCCUCGCGGCCCGGGGCCUGGGAGCCGCUGCUCCUGCGCGCCACGCUCCGCCGCGCCGAGUGCCUGACCCAGUGCGCGGCACGCAGGCUGGGCCCGGGGGGUACGGCGAGACUCCGAGUGGGGAGCGCGCUGCGGGAUGCCUUCCGCCGACGGGAGCCUUACAACUACCUGCAGAGGGCCUACUACCAGUUGAAGAAGCUGGACCUGGCAGCUUCCGCAGCACACACCUUCUUUGUGGCAAACCCAACCCACUUGCAGAUGCGGGAAGACAUGGCUAAGUACAGAAGAAUGUCUGGGAUCCGACCCCAGAGCUUCCAGGAUCUGGAGACGCCCCUGUACUGGGCAGCCUAUGACACUGGCCUGGAGCUACUGGGGCAGCAGGAGGCAGCCCUGGCACUGCCCAAGCUAGAGGAGGCCCUCCAAGGGAGCCUGGCCCAUAUGGAGAGCUGCCGAGCCGGCUGUGAGGGGCCUGAGGAACAACAGGGGGCUGGAGAGGAGGAGGAGGAGGAGGAAGGGAGCCAGGGGGGCCUGUAUGAAGCCAUUGCAGGACACUGGAUCCGGGUUCUGCUGUGCCGGCAGCACUGUGUGGCAGAUGCAGCCACCCGUCCUGGUCGCAGCUUCCCUGUCCCUGACUUCCUUCCCAGCCAGCUGAGGGGACUGCAUGAGGCCUAUGCUCAGGUUUCACUGUCAGGGCCCCUGGGGACCAACGCUUCAGGAUGGGGUCCUUUGACACCACUGUGCCAAGCUCAGAUGGGGCGCUGGGUCCUUCAGCCCUUGUUGCUUCUCACCUGCCUUUGUUUCCUCCCCUCUUCCUCUUCUUUGAGCUCUGCUGUUGAAGUGGGGAAUGUGUCUAAGGCCAUGGAAAAUGCCCUGAGUGUCCUGCUCUUCUACCCAGAGGAUGAGGCUGCCAAAAAGGCUCUGAAUCAGUACCAAACUCAGUUGGGAGAGCCAAGACCCGGCCCGGGACCUCGAGAGGACAUCCAGCGCUUCGUUCUUCGAUCCCUCGGGGAGAAGAGACAACUCUAUUAUGCCAUGGAGCACCUGGGCACCAGCUUCCGGGACCCGGAUUCUUGGACCCCAGCAGCGCUCAUCCCUGAGGCACUGAGGGAGAAACUCAGAGAGGAUCAAGAGAAGAGGCCCUGGGACCAUGAGCCUCCACAGCCGAAGUCCAUGACUUACUGGAAGGAUGUCCUUCUCCUGGAGGGUGUAACCCUCACCCAGGAUGCCCAGCAGCUGAAUGGGUCGGAGCGAGCUGUGUUGGACGGACUGUUGACUCCAGCUGAGUGUGGGGUUCUACUGCAGUUGGCCAAGGAUGCAGCUGAGGCUGGGGCCAGGUCUGGCUAUCGUGGCCGCCGCUCACCCCACAGUCCUCAUGAACGCUUUGAGGGGCUCACAGUGCUCAAGGCUGCUCAGCUGGCCCAGGCUGGGACUGUGGGCAGGCCAGGUGCUAAGUUGCUUCUGGAGGCGAGUGAGCGAGUGCGGACCUUGACCCAGGCUUACUUCUCUCCGGAAAGGCCACUGUAUCUUUCCUUCACCCACCUGGUGUGCCGAAGUGCCAUUGAAGGUGAACAAGAGCAGCGCAUGGACCUGAGUCACCCAGUGCAUGCGGACAACUGUGUCCUGGAUCCCGACACUGGUGAAUGCUGGCGGGAGCCCCCAGCCUACACCUAUCGAGACUAUAGUGGACUCCUCUACCUCAAUGAUGACUUCAAAGGAGGCGACCUGUUCUUCACACAGCCCAACGCCCUCACUGUUACGGCUCAGGUUCGUCCUCGAUGUGGGCGCCUCGUGGCCUUCAGCUCUGGUGGUGAGAACCCCCACGGUGUAUGGGCUGUGACACGGGGACGCCGCUGUGCCCUAGCUCUGUGGCACACGUGGGCGCCUGAGCACAGGGAGCAGGAGUGGGUAGAAGCCAAAGAGCUGCUGCAGGAGGAAGAUGAAGAGGGGGAGGAGGAGGAAGAGGAAGAAGAGGAAGAAAUUCUCAGCAGAGACCCUUCCCCAGAACCCCCAAGUCACAAGCUUCAGCGGGCCCAAGACAGGGCUGGGAAGCUACUCCGGGUCCGAGAGGAGCUGUGACUGGCUGAGCCAACUUCUUAGGGAUAUGGCCACUUGACUUGGGAAGGAACCAAUGCGAAGGCCUGUGUGACAUCAGGAACGGAGUAGCAUGCCCUGUCUCUUCCGUCUACCACCGUGGGGACCUACAAGGGCCACCAAGCCCUGGACUCACAAGCUUACUACACAGACUUAGACUAGAGCCCAACAGGCCCAGAAGCCAGAUCUGGCCCAGGCUGAGGGACCUGCAGGGUCGCUAGGACAAAGAUCAUUAUGCCUCCCUGAAAGGCAUGGCAAGGAUUGAAGGUUAACUCCUAAUAAGGAAGACCCAGAGGAGACAAUGCCAUCCUCUCCCAACCUGUGCAAUAAAGAACAUGACGAUCCCCAGCCA